AUGAAUCUCACUGUUAACCACCCCAGCAGGACUCCCGCGGCCGCACCUGACGAAGAUGGCGCGGAUCAGAUCGGCUUUGAUACGCCCCGCUCCGGGGUGGCGACCCCUCAACCCGACCUCCAUGACAAACGCCUGCCGGGCAUUAUGAGCUACUUCGGCCAGGUUCGUACAGAUUCUUCUCACAAUUCUGUAUCUGCCCCUGUCGCGUCGGAUCGCAAUCGAGGACAACCGCUUCCUGGUCCCUCAACGAAACAAGUCGAGACGGACGGGAAGGCUUCUCAGGUCAGCUCAGUGGAUGCUGUGCCCGGUGGCGAUCCUGAACCAACAUCCCCAUCACUCCCCCACCCCGAAGAGCGGCCAUCAUCACCACACACUUCAUCCAUGGCACUGGUUCAGACACAUCAGUACCCGACACCGCCGAUAUCCAGACGGUCGUCGGCGGGACUUUUGAAAAGAAGUCUGUCGUUGCGAUAUGGAGAAUCACGGUCCGCGGCAUCCUCAUCUGCGCGACCGAAGCUCCAAAGAGGCGUCACAGAUUACCCGCAAAAAUGCCACAGCCUCACCCUCAUGUCCCAACCUUCAAGCAUCGUCACAACUUCAGUUGUGCAUGCUUAUCACAUAUCAAACCCCAGUCUUCACAAGCCCAUCACACCAACAUCCCCCAUUACUUUCCACGUUGGUUCAGCGCAGAAAGCCGCUUCCCUUCACAGCUCUUCGUCAGUUGAUCAGCUCAAGAAGCUAACACAGUUUGCGGGAUUCAAGAGCGGUCCACCAACUCCUACAAGGGCGCUUUCAACGGCGCAGCCCUCUCAGGCUGAGGAGAGGUCAACCUCCAAGAGAAGCAGCAACGAGACGGUCCCUCCUAGCGGCGUUCAGACACCCAUCCGCCGUGGUACCACCGGCGCUCAAGUUCCCGCUGCUCGCGGCAAACUCACGAUCAAGAUCGUCGAGGCCAAGGGCUUGCGACGUGCCAAGGACCCUUACGUCGUAGCGGUUUUUCAGAGAAGCGAGCUCAUCUCAGGAGGCCCGCGCUCCGUCGAAGAGGAGGAUGACGUGAACCUCCCGGCCCCCUCCUUUGGAGGCAUCCCGAUUCAAAGACAAGGCAGCGACUCAGGCCGCCCGGUCAUGUCUAUUCCUAUGCGCAGCCGCCAGAGCAGCAACACCAGCAUUUCCGAUUAUAACACAUUCCGCAACCGGUCCCGCCGAUCCUUCACCAGUCCAAAGUGGGACGCCGAGGCAGAAUUUGAUGUUGUUGAUUCGAACAUGCUGGUUGAUAUUUCCGUCUAUGACCACACCGACAAGGGAGAGGAGUUUUUGGGUCAAGUCGAUUUCCAGGCCAACAGGGACUCCAGCAACCCAGUACGUGGCUGGUUCCAGCUUAAGGGACACGCCGACACGAUGGCGGAGAAUGCCCCUACGGGAGAGAUUUACGUGGAAGCCGUUUACCAGCGAACGGAGAGAAAGCACUUUGGUCCUGAAGACUUCCAGAUUCUUAAGUUGAUCGGCAAGGGUACCUUUGGACAAGUUUACCAGGUCCGGAAGAAGGAUACCGAACGCAUUUACGCCAUGAAGGUCCUGUCCAAGAAGGUCAUUGUUCAGAAGAAGGAGGUCGCCCAUACCGUUGGUGAGCGCAACAUCCUGGUUCGGACAGCCAUGUCCGACUCGCCCUUCAUCGUGGGCCUCAAAUUCUCCUUCCAGACGCCAUCAGACCUCUACCUGGUCACUGAUUACAUGUCUGGCGGUGAGCUAUUCUGGCAUCUCCAGAAAGAAGGACGGUUCGAUGAGCGCAGAGCCAAGUUCUAUAUCGCAGAACUCAUCUUGGCCAUCCAGCACCUCCACAACAACGAUAUCGUUUAUCGUGACCUGAAGCCAGAGAACAUUCUGCUCGACGCAAAUGGUCACAUUGCCCUUUGUGAUUUUGGCCUGUCAAAGGCCAAUUUGACAAAGAACGAUACCACAAACACAUUCUGUGGCACAACCGAGUACCUCGCUCCCGAAGUUCUCCUUGACGAGUCGGGAUACACCAAGAUGGUGGAUUUCUGGUCGCUGGGAGUUCUAGUCUUCGAGAUGUGCUGCGGUUGGAGUCCAUUCUAUGCGGAGGACACCCAACAGAUGUACAAGAACAUCGCCUUUGGCAAGGUCAGAUUUCCUCGGGACACCUUGUCACAGGAGGGUCGCAACUUCGUAAAGGGCUUGCUCAACAGGAACCCCAAGCACAGACUUGGUGCGACGGACGAUGCGGAGGAGUUGAAGCGCCACCCAUUCUUUGCCGACAUUGACUGGGACAUUCUGGCAAAGAAGCUCAUCACACCUCCCUUCAAGCCCAAGUUGACCUCUGCCACAGACGUGUCGUACUUCGACCCCGAGUUCACCAACGCGCUUGAUAACAAUGGCUCACUUAAUGAACGGGCCGCUGCUUUGUCCAAGGGAUUCGCUACAUCGACGCCCCUUUCGCCCUCUGUGCAGGCCAACUUCCAGGGCUUCACGUUUGUGGACGAGAGCGCUCUCGACGAUCACAUGAGAGAUAAGGGCCGCUAUGAUGACGAAGAGAUGCGUGAUUCUCACCACCAGGACGAUGACUGGGAUGACCUGGAGGACAUGAACCAGAGAGGCAAUCGCAUGAGCGGCAUUGUGCGCACAACCACCAACGAAGAGCAGAUGAUUGGUGGUGGUCACUUUGACGUUUAA